AGUAGAACAGUUAUAGGAAAACAGUUAUUAAACUAGAUUAUGAUAAUGUUUGUACAUCCAAAACCUGGAGUAUUGUACUGGUGUGUUCAUGUUGUUCUGAUACCUGCACAGUGUGUAAAACACAUGACUCGUAUCACUGUAAUUGUACUUUAUUUAUUCUGAUUUUAUGGGUUUGUUUUUUUCCCUGUAUCCUGUUGUUUCAUCGCAGAUAAUUAAAUUAAGGUUCACAGAUUUCACUUUAGUCAUUGCUUCAUGGUAUACAUACACACACACACGCACUUGGUGGCUCUCUCAGAUGAAGUAGAAAUGAGAAGUGUGUGUUGAAAUCAUUGCGAGUUGGGGAAGUGUCGGUGUAUAAGUGAGAGAGUGCGUAGACAAGUGCGUAGACAAGUGUGUGGACGAGUAUGUAUACAUGUGAACACACAACAACUUUUAUACCCAGCAGCUGAGGAACAGUGGAGCUUCUGAAGAACAACAGUGUGAUUCAGACUGAGCUCAGUAAUGGCGGUCCUGCUGCUUCCUGUCCUCAUCCUCCAGGCCAUUUCAGGAUGUGCAUGUUUAUGGACUGUAGAAAAAGUGACGGCUAAACCCGGUGGCUCCAUCACAAUUCCUUGCCACUACAACUGGAGGUUCAGAGAACAGGAGAAGUACUGGUGCAGAGGGAGGAUGUGGUACAUGUGUGUGCGUGUGAGAGAGUGGGCAGGCCGAGUUAGUGUGAUGGACAACCCAGACGAGCUGGUUACCACGCUCAUGUUCUCUGAGCUGCAGGUCCGAGACGCCGGGAGGUAUUGGUGCGCCGUCAAGAACGGAGGACUGAUGAGCGACAUCAGGACAUCGUUGGAGCUGCAAGUAACUGAUGAUCCUGAUUUGUGGGUCAGCAGGGCAUUGUUGUUUGCUCCUGAGGGAGGAAUUGUGCAUGUGCAGUGUUUGUACAGCGACAGACUGAAGAAGGUGGAAAAGAAAUGGUGUAGGGGCGGAGACCUGCACUCCUGCCAAUCUCAGCGCAGUGCUCAAAUAUCCCAGAAUGCACAGCUGCAGCUCAGUGAUGAGGGGCAAGGCUUGUUCAGUGUAGCGCGUGCGGGGCUUCGGACAGACGAGGCUGGCUGGUACUGGUGCAGUGCCGCAGGGGUCCAAGCACCUGUACACAUCUGCAUCACAACAACACACAACUACACACUACAAAAUGACACAGUGUAUAGUGAUCCUCUGUCACCAUCACACACAUCCACUACUAUGCGAACACACACACACUCACAUGCACACACACCACCCAGCACUUUACGUGGAUCAACCACAUCUUCAACCAUAUCCUUACCAUCUACAACACCUGAGAAUGUGUUCACCUCACUUGCAAUAGUGCUAGAAUAUCCAUCAUCCACACCUGAAUCCCCGCCCAUUGCUACACCCACUACCUCACACAGAUUGAGUGUGUGUGUGAUCGUGCUCUUGGCUGCAGUGAUGUCAGUACUGGUGGGUGCUUUGUGCUGGAGAUGGAGGACACACCAGCCUGAAGUUCAAGUAAGGGAGAGGUGGACAGAGUUAGCAGAGCUCAGUGUAAGUGAUGAUGCGGAGCUGUUAGACCGUGAUUGGAGCAGAGCCGCCGUCCUUCAACUGCAAGAAGAAUUUAAUUCUUAGAUGACCACACUAGUGAUGGAAAGUCCGAUUUAUUUCUGCGAGCCGGUUCUUUUGGACGGUUUGUUUCAAUGAACUGGUUCAAAAAACUGAUUCAUUGGUUCCUUUACGUCAUCAAGUAAAGGCGUUACUAUUUUUUUUCUAACAACUCCGUGUCAUGUUAUAUCAAUGAAACCUUCAAAUAAAGUAAUGUCUGAACGUAUAUUGUUGAUCAGUGCCUUUCAUUCACUUAGGUUCAUGGUGUUUGUGGUCACAGUUUCAUACGAUUGACCAAUAUCGAGUAGGCUACAUCUUGGACAAGUUUCCUAAAGUUUUGCACCGACAGCACACAUUAUAGAUAUUGAUGCACAAAUGCCAAUGCUGUUCUACAUGUCUAAAGGAUAUAGAAAGAAUAAACUAGUCUUAUAAACUCCAUGAUUUAGCUUAACCACUUAAAAUAUAAUCUGCAUGCACAAUAGACUAUAGUAAAAUUAAUUUAUAUCUCUCGAUAGAAAGGUUUUUACAUGUUUUAAUAAAACUAGUCAUUAGUUCAGUCACCAGUCACUAGUAAGCAAGCAAGCGCGAGCCACCUAGCAUAACAAAUCCAAAAUAUGAUUCCAAUGAUCACUCGGUCUUAAUCGGACUGAAAGAGAAGCAACAUUUGGAUCCACUUUGAAGAAGUAGGACCAAGCAAAGCAAAAUCAAAAUGUGCAAUAAUUUCUUUUCAGGCUGAAGAGGAUCCACAUCACAUUUUACACAGCAUCUACAAAACACCCAACUGCCCUGCUUACACAAGUAAGGCAACCCAAUCCAGAUGACUCUGCAGCACACACUCAGUUCAACCUAUACCCAGAUCUGAAGCAGGG